AUGGGUUCUGCAUCAAGUUUUAUCAAGACGAUCACCAUUCCCGCAGUGAUUUCGCUAGGGCUCUAUCUACUCCUAUCGUUCUUGAUCGUCCCGUUCUUCCGUCGCUAUCAUCAAAGAUACUCGCAGUAUCUUCCUUUGCACACUAUCUCUGCCCACACCUUGUCCCUCCGGGAUCGCAUAGCUGAUGCGAUGAUGCGUUUCUUCCUACCGGCAUCCUGGCGGCGGCGACAGCAGGCACCACUGGAUGACCACAACGACAACAUCAGUAUCCUAGAAGAAGAGGGAGAGCUCAUGGUUGGCAUGGACAUGGACCCCGAACGAAGAGAGGCGCUGGAACGACGGCGUAGUACCGCUGCCGAACCAGAGGGUAGGCUUAGUCGGGAACUCGAAGAGGGAUUCAUGGAUGAUAGUGAUGAGGAAGAGAAUACCACCCGACGCUAA